AUGUCGAAAGGUGUGAAAAAAACAUCAAAUGAUAAACUCGCUGAACGCAUUGAGAAGGCAGUUGAAAUAUUGCAAAAGGAGAAAAAAUAUACUUGCCUUGGCCAUAUUGGAUCAGGCUCAUUUGGACAAGUGUUCAGAAUGAUAGAGCCCUUGAACAAAUCUGAGCUGGCAGUAAAGAUUGUGCCCUACGAGAUGGUGUCAAAAGCCGAGUCGGAACUGUGGGAAAAUCUGAGUCAUCCCAACUUAGUCCCCUUGAUAGGCGUGCACAAAUUGAAGAUACAAAAAACUUUUGUCUUCUUGAUGCCAGUUUAUCCAACCACAUUGUUUGACUCCAUUCAAGACUUGACUCCAUGCAAGGGAGCUUACAAUAUCGUAAAGUCUUGGCUGAAAGACGUGCUCCAAGGAUUGGACUAUCUUCAUUGUAAUGGAGCUUGCCAUCUGGAUCUUAAACCGGACAAUGUUCUCAUAUCAGAUCAAAAUUCUGCACUCUUGUGCGAUUUUACAUUUUUAAGGGAUUGUAAAACACCUCUCUAUAAACAUGAUAUUGGCUUGCCAAGUAUAUACCGACCCCCUGAAGUUCUCCUGUCUAAAGAGAGAAAAUACCUUGAUGGAACCAGCAUAGAUAUGUGGGCGUUCGGUUGCCUGUUGAUGGAACUACUUAGUUGUUUCACAUUAACAAAUGCAUGUAUGGACGGGAGGGAACAAAUGUAUACUACAGUACUUUCCCUGUUAGAGGAAUAUAGCUUACUGCGGCCAAUAAUGAUAAAUAUCUUCAAAGGUGAUGAUCUGUGCGAGACAGAUGUGAAACUUGCCCUCCGAUUCAUGAAAGAGUUUUUGACAUUUGAGGCGUCACAUAGACUACCAGCUCGUAGAGCUUUGACUCACGAAUUUUUUCACAAAGAUAUUGACAGCAUUCACAAUAACGUAGAUGCCAAGCACACACCACUAACAAACAGCACUGCGUCUACUCUCCGCAGCGAGCAUUUAUCGGUAAAUGAAGCUGUGAUAUUGGAAAAUAUUGAUGCAGAAAAGACACAGACGCCCAAAAUUCUUUCUGAAACUGAUAGGAAGCAAGUGAAUGAUUCGAAAAUGAGUGAGAUUGGUAUACAUAAGUCUACGGAUAGGCAAAGUAUGCCAGGAACAGGACCGGAGAUGAUAUCUUUGAUAUCGGAUACUCUUCCCUUAAAGAGCAUCAAUUUGGAGAAUGAGUGCGGUGUGAAACCGACAGAGAUUGACGAAUCAAACAAGGAACAAAGCGUGACAAGCAUUGAAGAUAAUACAAGGACUGACAUGGAGAAAAAGAAUGACCUCAUUUUGUUAAAAAUUAUUGAAUUGAGAGAGGAAGUGAAAUAUCUCCGCAUCAAAUUGGAGAACAUAGAAAAGAGUUUGGAGAAUCUCAUGAAGAGAAAUUCAGUUGAUAAAAACACAAAGUCAACUGGCAAAUUGGAGAAUAGGAGAAAUGAGAUAAACGGAGAAUCUAUGGUAGAUAGACCUAUUAACAGUGUGAGGAAAAUCCCUGAUGAAGUAGUGAUUGUUCAUAAAGAGCAUACCAAAGUUAAAAAAGAAAAGAAGAAAGGACGUGCUUUGAAUUGGAUGAGAACUGCUUGUAGAAGAGUAUUUGGUUUAUUCAAGAAGAGAGGAUCAAACUAA